AAGUACUUUACAAGCAGAUGUCCUAGAGGGACUUUUGUCUAAUGGCACCCAUGUGAGAAGUAAAAGGUCGUGGCGUCGGUUUCCCUGUUCUCUUCGUCGCAGAGCCGAUGUUUUCUGUCUUGCGAAGCCAGAUCUAGGAACAGCGGGCAGGCUUGCAGCGCAGCCCUGAAACCGACUCUGUUUUAUGCCGAUUUUCGUUAGGGCCACGUUUUCCCCGUCAGCGCGUAGUGACGGACACGUAUUUUGACCAUAGUUCGCAUUAUCGCUUCCGUAAAAUCAUUGAAAAACAGGUUCCAGUUGUCGCCAGCGAGCCGUUUUCCUGCGGCGCCGUUGUGUCAUCCACGCCGCCUUGGCUCGUAACCCGUUUCACGAGAGCCUGCCGCAACUCCUUUCACUUGGUUUUUUUUUCCGCACACGGCCAAACCGGUUCUAGCGUUUUGGUUCGUCGGAGCCGGAAACGGUCCAUGACAUUUGUGGGACCUGUCGCCACUUUUUUCCCACUUGUCAGCGACAAGGGAGGAGAAUCAUGUGGACGAGCGUGCGAUUCGGGAGUCUCCAUCGAAACUAAACGAGGCUUUGCCGCCACGCCGGGAUAACGGAUGACAUCCAUUGUUCGAUAGCUCGCGGCUGGCAGAAACCAACUGGUUUCCUUUGUCCGUUUCCUCCGUCUUUUUUGCUGCUGAUCGAAGGAGUUUUCGUUUCGCGCUGUCGGCGUCUCUACCGGCUCCGUCUCCGGACCUGUCUUUCCACUUUGAUUCGUGGUCCUCAAUUAUAUCCUGCUGUCUGGAUAGAGUCUAAGAAGAACGUGGUGGGCUUCAUUCGAGGGGCUCCCGACGGCUGUGAACUGAGCCUGUGCCUCCGUUGGCUGCCUUUUUCGUCAAGUCCUUCCUUCCCUCCUUCUCCCGGGGGCUGUGUGUUCUUCUGCCGAUGCUGCAGUUUAACAGACGCUCCACUGUAGCCCGCUGUUUCCUGGUUUUGUCUCACGUCUGUUACCUUCAUUUCUUCCGAAAGUGUGCUUGUGCCUAAGGACGUUGACGUCGUCAUCAGGCAGACAUCUGUCGUCGUCUGCAGUGUGUCCCGGCUCUCAUAGAUUCUCAGUUUCGUUGUAUAUCGCGUUCACAUUUCCAGACUCUGACCCAUAUAUUCGUGUGUGUCCGCCGUGUUGUUUCCCUUCAUCUCUUUACUCAUCUCUGACGGGUCAGAAGCAACGGUAGUCUUGUUCUGUUUUCAUCCUUCCUGAAAAGUGGUACCCUGAGUCUCAUUCCUACCUUUCGCUGAACCUGCCUCCGUGCAUCCCUCUUGUUGUACGUUGUUACCCCUUCGGUGAUUUGCUUUCUUGCCGUUCUCCCGUUCCUCUCCUGUGUCGACGUGGCGUCUGUCAAAGAGAAAGGCGGCCAGGGAGGCAAUCGUUUUCGCACACAUCGGUUUCGCUUGUUCUCCCUUGUGCGUUGUAUUCCGUUUGUUUGCUUCUUACGGUCUGUGCUCGUGUUUCAGGUAGCCUAAAUGCUUCCAUAAAGUUUUUCCGGUUUCUCCCUUUUUUUCUCUGGAAGCUGUCCAAUCGAAAACAGUACAACGCGGCACUCCCUGAUACAACAUUUGUCCCCGUCGAUUCGGUUCGCAAACAUUCCGGCAGUUAUGGCCUUCGUGUAGUGGUCUUUGUGCAUGCUUGCAUGUGUGCGGUCAUGCAUGGGUACAAACAUUUUCGCUUGCCUAUGAAUAUGUGUAGCGAGAAAGUGGUAUAUAUUGAGAAGCAGUAUCUUCAAUUGUGCAAGGUCGUUGUGUUCGAAAUCUCCCAACGUUGGCGUCUAUCCUUCGUGAGCUACCCUUUGUGUCUCUCAUAGUUCCAGGUUCUGCGUUUCUCCAUCUUUUCAGCUGGGCAGCAGCGUUUCUUCCAUUGUGUCCGCGUCGAGAGUCUGACCCGUGGGUUACUUCUUCUCCCCUGCCCUUGCUGUUUAGUGCGCUCUGCAUGUGUUUCGUCUGUUUCUUCUGCGUCCCUUUCCGUCGUCGAAGCCCGUACCCCUGAAGCGUGUCUCUUUCCCCGUGUCUUUUUUUCUCGGACACCACUCCCUGUUUCCUAGAGCCGUCUGUGCCGUCCCGCAGUCGCCAUGUCAUGGUUUUGCCUGCAUCUGCGCCCGUCGCGAAAGAAGAACCGGGGCGGCGACGCCGACUCGGACAAGGGGGGCGCCUCGGGGUCGCAGAACUCUACCCCUCGAUUGGCUCACGGAGACAGGACCCGAACGCUUUUCUCGGCCACUUCUUCGAUCCGCCCGGGGCAGCUUCAACAGAGCCCGACGCGUCUGGCUAGUCUGGCGACGGAUGGCGCGCCUCUCGGGGCAGUCGCCGCGGCAGGCAGUCCUGCGCCUCGAGGCAACCUCCCUUCGGCCUUCAUGAGGACUGCGACGGAGCUGCAUGCGCCGCGAGGGGAGAGCGGCCGCUUUACACCGGCGAUCUUGAGCCCUUCUGUGGCGGUGAGUCAACAACGACUGCCGAAAACAGUCAAAGUCAUCUUUUCGCGUGUCACAGACGUCCCAGCGAACCGUGAAGGAGACGUCAUUGAAGACCGCACGUUCUUGUGCUCGGUCUACUUCGACGAUGAAACCAUGACAAAGGCGGUGGACAACCCGUCGAGAGUGACGCAGCCUGCGGAAGGCUUCUACAGCGGCAUUAAGCACUACGAAGUACCGCUAAACAACCAAAGCAUCGUCUUGGAUGUCCCGUCGGGUCCCGAGUUUACCGGGACAGACCCCCUGACUGGCGAGAAGAAGACGCCCCCGCUCGGGUUCAGGGUCGCCCUCACCGAGCAGCUUGUCACGGGGAACCAAAUAUACAAAGGGUCGACGCAGCUUCUGCGUUUUGACGAUAUCCGCCUCACGCAAAUGACCAAGUGGCCUCUCACGAACCCCGUCUUUCGUCAGGGGGCGGGGUGUCUCUUUCUCCGGUGCGAACUGACCUAUGGCGGUGGCGAUGACGCGACCACGAAACAGCCGCAGCUACGGAAAGCCGAGACUGCGCACUAUCCUUUUCGCUCGCUCCCUACGUCUCCAGCGGCGCUCAACAAAUCCACGGGGCUUGCUGCUACCCCAUCAUAUCCCUUAACCGAACAUGCGCCCACCCACCCCCAACGACCCCCCUUUGGAGAACUUCCAGCUCGCUUCGCUAGCGGGCCGGUGGCACCCUACGCCGGGCUUCAGGCCGAUCGAGAUGCUACAUUUGCGUCUCUCGCAACGCCUCCUGCCCCCCUACCUGUCACGGCGAAUCUCCCUCCCCUCCGUCCCACUCCACGCCCCGUGGUUGUUGCGGAGAAACCCGAGGAGCGGUUGAACAGGAAGCCGACAAUGAAGGAAGUGGAGCGACGCGCGGAUCAGUGUGCAAACGGGAUUUCGCUUGCGUACGUGGAGGCGAAAGGAGCGGAGGAACGCGAAGCGAGGAAAGAAGACCGCCCGAACCUCAGAGAACUCGAUUCGUCUGUGUCGACUGUUCAUUCGGGUCGAGGACCAAAGGAAGAGGAGAAUCUUCGGCGGUCACAAACGUCAGCCUCCUCCACACGCCGACAAGACACUGAGAGAGACAGGAAGAAAGAGAAGAAGGAGAAGAAGAAGGACGAUCGCGAAGAGCGGUGCGAAGACGGGGAGGAGAAGAAGAAGAAGAAAGAAAGAAGAGAAAAGAGCGGCGAAGAUGCGGUGAGAAAAGAGAAAAAGGCGAAGAAGUCGAAGAAGGAGCGCUCCGAGCGCAGCGACAGCGAUGAGAAAAAAGAGGGGAAAAACCGGUCAGGUAGCGAUGAUAGUGACAAGAAAAAGAAGGGGAAGAAGAAGAAGAAAGAGAACAGAGACAACGAGUCGCCUCGUCGCCACCGAGACAAGGAUUGCUCCAACGAAAGUGACGUUGAGGAAAAGGGAGAGAAGAAAAAAAAGAAGCGUGACAAAGACAAAACAGAAAAGCUGGGAAAAGAGAAGAGCCGUUCAAAGAAGUUCCACGAUGGUGAAGAAACAGAUACAGAGAGAUAGUUCUCAAACCAAGAGGAACGACAGUGCAGGACACUCGGCGUAACGAGCCGCGAUCUUCUUUGUCCACGUUCUCGAGCUCGCCCCGUCCAGUGUUGCAUUCCCUCGUCUGCCUCUCUAUCGUGUUCCUCGCAUCCGAGUCGUCUGAUCUUCUCUGUUCACUUUUUCAUGUCUUUUAGUCAAGUAGAGGCCACCAUGUCUGUACGUCUGAACCUAUGUUUAUUCAUUAGAACGUGCACUCAAACAGUGGAUCAACAGUGGAAGACGAAUUAUGGUCCUUUGCCUGCUGGCUACUUCCGUACAGAAAUGUGAUUUUACCAGAUUCGAGACCCUUUAAACUUACCGCGUUUGCAUCUACCGCGUUCAGAGAAGAAAAGUCUCUCUGCCGCACCACGGCAAACAGAGGUUUGCCUCCGUAACAAAGGACCAUGGUAGGCCCCGUAUCCAUUUGGAGCGUCGCUUUGCAACCGACGCCAGAAACGUCCUUCUCAGGCUGUCAAUUCGCGUUUGCCUUUCUCUCUCGUCGCACUGCGUGGGAGUCAGUUGUUCAGGCAGUUCGGUGGCACGAAUGGACGCGCAAAACCAACGUAAACGGUGUCUCCACGCAGA